CCUAACAUUAAUACAUUUAGCAUCAAUUGACAAUUUUGACAUUCAUUACCUUUCAAUAACUCUCUAAGUAAUGAUGGUUUACUUUUAUAUUCAGCAAGUGUCUAUCCUAGAGUAUUACAGUAUGGGUUCUAGGCAAAAAUAAAAUUAAUAGUUCUAACAACCAACCAGUAACUUAAUUUUACUCUUCCUUUCUUUCUUAACUCAAUGGAAUGUUCAACAAGUUUGUCUCGACGUGGAACCUCAUCUUUAUGUUUGAUGUAAUGAAUAAUUUACAAUGUCAAAUCUCAUCAUUAAUUACCAAAUGAAUGAUAUUUAUUAUACACCACAAGUGCUAGAGCUACUUCAAAACCUUUGACGUCAUAGUCGUUCCCGUUCGUUGAAACCAAGACCGGUGACCGGGCAUAUAGCCACUCCGUAGAACUUAAUGUUAUAACGUGCAAGCAUGGGAGCGUGAAAAAUAAGGUCUUGCCUGACUUUACUUGACUAGCUUUGGCGGUAAGUGAAAUAAAUGUUGUAAAUGGAAAACUAAUAUCACAUAUAUUAUCACCAAUGUCCAUAUAUUAUCACCAAUGUCCAGAUGUUUGAUGUGAAACGAUAGUGUCGUCAAAGAAUUUAAAUUUGGUGUGAACUGUAAACUAGGCUAUGGCAAUGGACCAUGAAACAUUUGAUUUUAAUGAUGAUCCAAGAACACCUUGCAAAUAUGGAAGUAAUUGUUAUCAAACUAACAAGUUACACAAGGAGAAAUAUAAACACCCGCAAAGUAGGAUACAGGUCAGAGAUACGAGCCCUGAAAAGCCAGCUAAAAAACGAAAGCUUGACACAAGUGAUGUAUCAACCACUCUACCCAGUAAUAAAGAAAGGGAUAACCAUUCAGAGCCUCCGAAAAAAUCAAAAGAAAAGGAAUCUAUAGAGAUUAAUGAUACUUUAAAAUGUAUAUUGCUAAAAAAUAAAGUUCGAACUUUGGAAUCAAAAAAAGUUGAAUUGGAAACUAACAAUAAGGAGCUUAUUAAGCAAUUAUUUCUAUUUGAAAUGCCACCUGAUUUCUUCAGCUUCUGGGAAAUGUGUGAAACUAUGAACAAAAAUGAUCCAACAAAUGCAUUAAAAGCCAUAAAGCUGAAACUUGUUGGGCCAUUUGAUGUUUUGGCAGGGAAAGUGAGCGAAGUAUAUGAAGAGGAUUUGCCAGAUUUUCUAAAACACUGGAGGUACUACUACGAUCCUCCUGAGUUUCAGACGGUAAUCUGCAAUGAAAACUCGAGUUGCUACCAUAUGGGUUACUUUCGGGAUGAUCCAAAGGAGAUGCCAGUUUUUGUCGCCAGUAACGUCCUCAACCCGAAAGAUCCCGAAAAAAAUGGUGAACUGAAAAUUAGAGGUCAAAAUCUUUUUGCUGCAUUAAAUUCUUAUUUUGAAGAGUUAAAGACUGAUCCAUUUUCACGAAUGAAAAUACCACAGCUCCAAAAAACUGUGACAUCAUGGGCCAAAGAGAAAGGUUUCAGCUUAGAAAAAACAUCUAAAGCAAUGGAAGCUCGGAGUAAGAAGGUAGUGGCGUCAACUUUCCAUAAAGCCGGCAUUGUCGUCCCGGUGGACAAGAAGAACGAUGUGGGCUACAGAGAGUUGGCCGCUAGCAACAGCAUGAUCAAGAAGAUGUUGAAGGGUCUGGUGGAUAGCAAGAGUGAGGAGGAGAGGGCUAAAUAUUGGGAGCAACUGCAACCUGUGAUCACUUUUGCCAACAUUGCAAAUGAUGAGUGUGAUUUCGGCACCAGUCUAGAGCUAGGACAGGACCUGUUCACAUACGGUAGCCCUCUGCUCCACCGCAGUGCCAAGCAACUGCUCACCACAGCCUACACCCUGCUGGGCCGCAAUGAGUUUGCCACCAUUAUUGAGGUUCAUUUGGAUGACAGAAGAAAAGGAGGAAACUUAAGUAUCCUUUGAUGGUUUCAAUUUUAGGAUUAUGUAUUUUUGUUAUAUUAAAAAAUUAUCUGUUUUUGAUGACAGUCUA